CUCUGAGUCAUGUCUGGUCGCGGCAAAGGCGGGAAGGGCCUGGGCAAGGGCGGCGCCAAGCGCCACCGCAAGGUGCUGCGCGACAACAUCCAGGGCAUCACCAAGCCCGCCAUCCGCCGCCUGGCCCGGCGCGGCGGCGUCAAGCGCAUCUCGGGGCUCAUCUACGAGGAGACCCGCGGGGUGCUCAAGGUCUUCCUGGAGAACGUCAUCCGCGACGCCGUCACCUACACCGAGCACGCCAAGCGCAAGACCGUCACGGCCAUGGACGUGGUCUACGCGCUCAAGCGCCAGGGCCGCACCCUCUACGGCUUCGGCGGCUAAUUUCCAACCCAUUAAGAACACAGAGGACUCUAGAAAUUGUUGGAGACCCCAACAGUCCACUGCCAGUAAGAAAAAUAAGAACAUCUGCCCUACAAUCAAAAUAAUUCUGCCAUCUACAAUCCACAGUUUGGAAGUGGAUCCUCCCCCGAUCAACCGAUCCAAGAGACCGGACACCCCCCGCCCCCUCCCCCCCCCACACCCAUUACUUGCCCAGUCAUAACUAACUUUUGUACAGCAUCCAUGGGCCAAAAUCACACAAAUCUGCAUUUGUGUUAUGGGGAGGACGUAAAUUUCAGUUGGUAAAAAAGCCUCUGAAUAUGUUAUGUUUCAUGUAAAAUUAAAGAGGUGAUGAAAUAAAAGUACAUUUUUACUAUUAGAA